GGCAUCCUCAGAACUACCAAACCUUCCUUCUUUCUUCUCCUGUGUCAGACUAUCUAUAUCUGUAUACACACAAUUAAAGCAUCCUCAUUACCAGUGCUUUCAUUUCCUAAGCCUGAGCCUGAGCAAAUAUAUUCGUUGGUGGUGGUCAAAUCACUGCGCGUAGCAGUUUGUUUGUGGGCAACAAAAUGGGAUCAAAGUCUCUGACAUUCAGGGUGACCAGACAAAAGCCUGAGCUGGUCCGUCCGGCGAAGUCCACUCCUCGGGAAUGCAAGGUCCUCUCUGACAUCGACGAUCAAGAGGGUCUUCGCUUUCAAAUCCCUGUCAUCCAGUUUUACCGCAGCGAUGAUGGCAGGAGAGACCCCGUGAAGGUGAUCAGGGAGGCCAUUGCCAAGGCUCUGGUGUUCUACUACCCCUUCGCGGGGCGUCUCAGAGAAUGCGCCGGGAGGAAGCUGGUGGUGGACUGCACGGGGGAGGGUGUCAUGUUCAUUGAAGCGGAUGCAGAGGUGACGCUGGAGCAGUUUGGGGAAGAACUUCAGCCUCCAUUCCCCUGCCUGGAGGAGCUCCUCUAUGAUGUUCCUGACUCUGCAGGAGUCCUUCACUGUCCUUUACUGCUUAUACAGGUAACUCGUUUGAGAUGCGGGGGUUUCAUCUUCGCGCUGCGCCUGAAUCACACCAUGUCCGACGCUGCCGGACUAGUUCAGUUCAUGAAUGCGGUGGGCGAAAUCGCACGGGGAGCUUCCGCCCCAUCUGUACUGCCAGUAUGGCAGAGAGAGCUCCUGAAUGCUCGAGACCCGCCAAGGGUGACGUGCACCCAUCACGAAUACGAUGAGGUAGCCGAUACCAAAGGAACCAUCAUUCCCCUGGACGAUAUGGUCCACCGCUCCUUCUUCUUCGGCCCGACGGAGGUAUCAGCUCUGAGAAAAUCCAUCCCGCUCGACAUCAGUCGCAAGUGUUCGACAUUUGAGGUUUUGACGGCCUGUCUCUGGCGCUGCCGGACCAUCGCCCUCCAGCCCGAACCCAAUGAGGAAGUCCGCGUGCUCUGCAUCGUCAACGCUCGCUCCAAGUUCGAUCCUCCCUUGCCACAAGGAUACUACGGCAAUGCCUUUGCAUUUCCGGUGGCCCUGACGACUGCCGGAGAGCUGUGCAAGAGGCCUCUGGGAUAUGCGUUGGAGCUGGUGAAUAAGGCCAAAUGUGAUGUGACUGAAGACUACAUGAAAUCGGUGGCUGAUUUAAUGGUUAUCAAAGGGAGGCCUCAUUUCACCGUGGUGAGGACUUAUCUCGUGUCGGAUGUUACUCGGGCUGGGUUCAAUGAGGUGGACUUCGGCUGGGGAAAGCCAGCGUACGGAGGGCCGGCCAAGGGCGGGGUUGGUGCCAUCCCCGGCGUGGCGAGCUUUUACAUACCUUUCAAGAACAAGAACGGGGAGAAAGGAAUAGUGGUUCCUAUUUGCCUGCCGGGCUUUGCAAUGGAUGCAUUUGUGAGAGAGCUGGAGAACUUGCUGAGCAACAACCUUCAUAGUAGUAUUGAUGAUCGCUCCACUUUUGUCAGAUCAGCCUUGUGAAGAACUUUCUUAAUUUCAUUCAUUCCCCUGAUCGAGUCCUCCUCCUAUGUUUACACACUGUACUAUUUCUCAUGUCUUUGGAAUUCCCGACGGAAAGUUAUGAGAAUAAUGAGAGGAUCAGUGAUGUGUGUGUGUGUGUGUGCAGUGCACAAUUUCUUAGAAUCUUAGCAGAAACUACCUUGAGAAAA